AUAGCACAGCUUGUAUGAAGAAUGAGUACUAGUGGAGGAGAAGGUGGUGGGCACAGUCCAGGAGGGAAGGCUGGUUAUCGGUAUAUUGUGAAAUGAAGAUCUGCACUGGGACAGUGGCACUGGGGACGGAGGGAGCAGUGUGGGUCUCCUAAAAGAGAAGAGAAUGGAUGGGGAUCGGUGGGUCCCUGGGCAAUGUGGGGAAAGCACCACGUCACAGGGAUUUCCCACAGUUCCAGCUCACACCUGAAGAAAAGCUGGCCAGCAUGCCAGCGGUAGCCACGUACUCUGGGGAAGGAAACUGAGGCCUCAGGACGCACUUGGACCGGGCAUACAGAGUACCUCAGAGGCCAUUUUGGCCGAAAGCCCGGAAUCUUUGUAGCUGAGCUGGGGCUCUUUCUACUGGACCUGCACAUGUGCAGGUUUCGAUGGGUGGAGAGAGCAUCACAUGGAAUGAAGCAAUGCUGUUGGAUUGGAUGACCUGAACUCGUCCCUCCAGCACUCACAAACAUCCUCGGAGCUGAUCAAACGGAGUGUUCAUGGGGCAGAGCUCCGCCUCAACAUCUGUCAGAUCAGUAUUUGGCCAAGAACUGGUUAAUGUUCUAAAAUAUUCACUAAAUGAACAGAUGCUGACCGAUACAUGCCAAGGCUAAUGGUUUACUCUGCAACAAUAUCAGGAUCAGAAUUUUUGACCUGGAAAAUGACUCCUGCUUCACAAAACCCUGAAGGCAGUAGGAUCCAAGAACAGAGGAGACAGGAGUCCCACACUUCGAAGUUCUCUCAGUUGCAAUCAGUCCUCCCAAGGCAUUGCCAACAAGUGAUUUUCCAUCCUCCGUUUGAAUAAUUCUAUCAUAAAAAUUUUUUCCACAUCAAGGGUCUUGUCUGUUCCUGUUAAGAAGGAAGAUCCAAAAUGGGGCUGUCACCAAGACCUCUCCACGUGGCCUGGACUUUCCCUAUUGCAUCCCAGCUGGGCUCUGAAAGCAAGCAUCCCUACAGGACAGCUUAUAGGCUCAGAGAGGCUAGGUCUUCCCUGAGGAUAUCAAGUGCAGGGUAAGCUACAGAAACCUGCUCAGCUGGACAAGACUUUAAUCAUGGAGAGAAAGCUCCUAAAGAAGGAAAUUAAAAAGCUCCUGGGAGAUUAUAUUGGCAUCAGACUUCGGGAAAAUGAAUUUGACCCAAAAGGAAGAAGGCAACUCACCUUUCUAGAUGAUAUGGCACACUAUGAUUUGGCCAUCAAUGUCGCUUUGCAAUGGCUGGAUCACUCAGAAGACUUAACUUGGCUCGAGUGGGAAAAAGUGAAAAUGCCAUUUCAUGACAGACCUGUAUAUCCAAACCGGAAAGAAAGAGAAGCAAUGAUUUUAUCAUCUUAUGCUGGAAUCCUAAUGAACAGUAUCCCGAUUGAGGAAGUCUUUAAAAUGUACGGAGCUGAUUCUUCUACCAAUUCUAGGGCUACAAAGGUUCCCCGAGCUCCACCUCUCCGCCUCUCCCUGCAUCCCUUUGCCAUGUUAACAGCGCCCCACGCAGCAGAAUACGCCCGCAAACAGAGUGUCAAGUUAAGAAAGGGAGCGACAAAUAAAAAUGCCACCAGCCGCUCUGCAAGGGAAGCGAAUGCCACAGCGUGGAAAUCAUAAAAAAAAGUACCGUUGGACACCCAGCCAAGAAACAAAGUCACUUAGAAACUUGGAACUGCACCAUGGAAGUUCAUAAUAAAGCCUCUGGGAGAGGAAAAGAAACAUCCUAACACUACAACUCUUGCCAGCACAUUUUUCUUCAUAGUCAGCUUGUGGUACAAAACUUAUUGAAGUGUUACUUUGGAUGUUGGGCUUUCUUCUCUUAGAAUCCCAUUGUGUGGCUAUAUUGUGUUGUUGUUGUUGUUAAGUGUAUAUCCUAUGCUGCUUCAUUGU